UAUUAAAAUAUCCAGUAAGGAAUACUCCUAAUAGAAAAAUAAGCAACUGCGGUGAAAACGGGUCAAACUUAAAGGGAUCUUUUUGAUAAUAUUCUAAAUUCUCCCUACCUUUUCAGACCUUGAUUGUAACAUAGCUAAGCCUAGCGCCUGUGGCUCUGUGUUUGAUAUAGUUUUGAGCGAAAAGUAGAUGAACUGAUCUGUGGUAAGAUGAAGUUAGACCUAUGUUGUUGCUAGGAAAAAUUGUGGUUAUUUACGCUUUAUAUGUGAACAGAGUAUACGUAGACUUUGUGGUGUAGAUAUGCAGCAUGAGUGAGUUCUGUUGCUGUCUGUAAUGGAGGUGCAUUAUCUGAUGGCCAGUGAUGAAGGUUGAUUUGUCAGACUCUCAAGGUUGUUGAUCAUACUUCAUUGUAUCAGGAAGUGCAUAUCAGUGUUUGGAUAUUGUGCUUUUGUGUGUCACAGGAGACCUGCUUUAAGUUUGUUAGGCUGAAAAUACCAGCUUAGUGUAGUUAUUUCUGGUAGUGGUGUAGUUUAAUGGCCUUGGGGAGGAAUUGGAGCAGUGGUUUCAAAAGCUGUUACUGUCUUUGUGGCUUCUAUGAGCCAUGCCAUCGUUGAAGCUGCCAAGAAUCACGAAGGUUACCCUUGACACAGGCAGGACUGAAAGUGUUUGCUUCUACACAACUAGGAACCAUUGCUGCUAAAAAUACACAACUUAUGAUUCGGAGAGAAGGGGAGAGUCAGACACGCUCAAAAAACCUUCUCCCGAACUCUCCAGUCAGUGCUGCUGUAGGGAGCCAGUGGCAGAUGCUACGGGACAUCAAAGAUAGUCUGGGUCACCUGCGCAGAGAAGCUGUUUCUGUAGUUGUCACUAGUGGUUCAUCAGUUGUUUCGCCAUCUCUUGGCCCACUUUCGACCCCACCAAAGUUGGAGCCCAUGCAGAUUAAGGCAGAAUAUAACACAAUGAAUGCCGUCCAACAGCAUUCUGCCGGUGGAGGGGGUGCUGUUAAGUCCACCAGUGAUGACUACAGACAAAAAGCACUUGCACAGAUUCGAAAUAGCUUGUUGCCUUUUGCAAAUAGUGAUCGGCCCAGCAAUGGUAGAAGUGAAUUAAGUAGUGCUAGUAGCACAGGGAGUGAUUAUAGCUGUCCAAGUCAGGUCACUGGGAGUGGAAGCAGCAGUGGGGUAAGCUCUGGUUCUAAUGGAUUAGACAGACACCCUAAUGUUCAACGACUCUAUCUGGAACUACUUACUGCAGGUUAUAAUGAGGAAUCUGCAUUUCGUUUUUUGAAGUCUGCAAUAGAGCCUCAUUCUAGAACUCAUAUGCAGGAUAGUGGGAAUGAAACAUUGGAGACUGCUAAUGGAUUGACUCGAUCAGGUUUCCUCAAUCUGAAGGCUUCUAGGAAAUCCAGCCUACAACAUGAAGGAAUUGUGUGGGAUGGUCAGAGAGGAGGUUAUAGUUCUGCUCUAGAUAGUAGCUCAGCUAGUACUCGGUCAGAUAGCCCUAGUGUUAGUAUUAUGGGCCUUCAGCACCAUAUACUUUUACCAGAUGCUCCUCGCCUUGUGUCAAGUGGUCAGCCUUCUGCUGUAGACACGCUAGGUCACCCUCAAUUGUCUAGACAACAGUCCCCAAGCUUUCCCUUGAAUGAGCCACCUCCACCACCUCCACCUCCAAGGGGAGUUCCUGGACCUCCACCAACACCUCCCCGAGGUACAACUCCACCACCUCCCGUUUGUCAGUCACAAUAUGUUGGAAGUGGUGGAGCAGCAAAUAACCAAGUUCAACAGUUUUUCAAAAGAAUGUCUCCUGUUCCACCUCCUUCCAGUCGGUCACAGGCUCUCAGCUAUGCUUCCUCUGUGUCUUCAGGGUCAACACCUAAACGUGGAACCAGCCCUGUUUCCCUCAGCCGUAGCCCUUUGGUGGCACAAAGUCAACAACAACAUCUUGUACAGCAGUUGCAAACCCUUAGCCUCUACUCUGGGAGUGGAUCCUCCACUCGUUCAGAACCACCACCUCCCUAUCCAGCAGGAUCAGCACAUAGCCCAGCCAUAUAUUCGCCUCCCUCAUAUGCUUCUUCCAGUUCUGGGCGACAAAGUCCCACUCCAACUAUAAGCAGCAGUGAAUACUCUAUUUUACCUUUUAAUAUUCCCCUUCAAAAAAGAACUCCUCCACCAGCCUAUACACCACCUAUGUCUGCAGGUUCUCCACAACCACCAUCUAGCCUAGUAGGAAGUUCUUCAGCCACAGUGGCAACAGUUGUAACAAGUGUUCUUCCAAGGCCUGCACCUUUGCAAGCAUGGAGUUUUCGACAAUCUAAGUCUCAGUCUCCUAUUAUCAUGCAGUCUGUGAAAAGUACACAAGUACAGAAGCCUGUGUUGCAAACAGCAAUCGCUCCAACCUCUCCACCGGUGAGUUCACCACCACCUCAGAAUGUUGCUUCUUUAUCUUGUUAUCCAGUUCAGAAUCAGAAUAACCCUUCUAGCUCCAAUAUUCAAGGAUCUUCACCUGGUUAUCCACAGUCUUUGUGUCAGUCACCUAAUCCCCCACCUUAUUCUACCUCUUCACAGGGACAGAAUUCUCCUGGAGUUUAUUCAUCAUCAGCGGGUACUCAACCAACACCUCCAAUAUACCGUAACCCAAGUCCUAUACCUCCUCCGUAUAAUCCAAUAUCUCAACCACAGGACUCUACAGCAUUUGUCAACCCUCCUCCAUGCUAUGCAGUAUCUGUACAAACACAGAAUGUUCUCAGGCAUGAGACCGAAAACCACAAUGUGUGGCAAGAUGCCAACUUUGUGGGUAUUCCUACACAAUCACAAGCCACUGUACCUACAACUGAUCCACCAAGUUAUGCUUCUAGUAUUGCAGCUCUGGCUGCUCUUAGAGCAGUACAGUCACCCACCCCUGUUAGCAACAAUAAUAAUGUGCCAUGCUAUAAAAAUGGGGCUUACAGUGCUGCUCCUGUGACAAAUGUAACAACAGUAUCUCAUGAGAGCUGUAGGACUAAUGGUGCUGCAGGUCCAACCACCAGUGCUCCAACUUCCUCUUCAAACCUUGUUAAUACAGUGGAGAGUAUUUGUAACUCUCAAUUGUCAGCACUCCCUUGUCGUUUGCAGGGUGAUGUUUAUACUUCUUCUCAGCAUACACCACUUCAUAGAAAACCUUCACCCAUAGCUAUGGAUACAGCAAGUUCAGCAUCUUGCUCAGCUUCACGUUCUGAAUCCCCGGUGUCCUUUAUGUCUACUACAUCUACAUCCUCACCUUCCACUCAGUCAGACUCUACCCAUGACUCAGUCCGAGUCCCGCCUCCUCCACCAUACAGAACUUCUCAGCAGUCUCCUCUUCCACCCAGAAAAGUUCUUUCCAAAGAAAAAGAGGAGGAAAGACGCGAGUCAAAAGUCCGCAAUUACUCCCCUGCUGCAUUUAAAUUCUUUAUGGAGCAGCAUGUAGAAAAUCUUCUUAAGUCUCAUCAACAAAGAGAACACAGGCGACAGCAACUGGAAAGAGAAAUGGCUAAAGCUGGACUCUCAGAAGAACUUCAGUGUCAAAUGAGGUUAAUGCUUCAUCAGAAAGAAUCCAACUAUAUUCGGUUAAAGAGAGCAAAAAUGGACAAGUCUAUGUUUGUCAAAAUGAAAACAAUUGGAGUUGGUGCUUUUGGUGAAGUUGCUCUUGUUCGAAAGGUGGAUACAAACCAGUUGUAUGCAAUGAAAACACUUAGGAAAUCUGAGGUUUUGAAACGCAACCAGGUAGCUCAUGUUAAAGCAGAACGGGAUAUACUUGCAGAAGCAAACAAUGAAUGGGUUGUUAAGUUAUAUUACUCUUUUCAAGACAAAGAAAACUUAUAUUUUGUGAUGGACUACAUACCUGGUGGUGACUUGAUGUCCCUGUUAAUGAAGUUUGGAAUUUUCCAAGAGAACUUAGCAAAGUUUUAUACAGCUGAGAUCAUUCUGGCUGUCGAAAGUGUACACCGCAUGGGCUUUAUUCACAGGGACAUUAAACCAGAUAACAUACUCAUAGACUCCGAUGGGCAUAUCAAACUGACAGACUUUGGUCUCUGCACAGGGUUUCGUUGGACUCACAAUUCCAAGUAUUAUCAGCGAAAUGGAGAACAUAACAGACAAGACUCUAUGGAUCCUGAUGAUAAAUGGAGCAAUGAAUGCCACUGUAACAGUUUGACUAAUUUGAAGCCCUUAGAAAGGCGACGUCGGAGAGAACACCAGCGUUGUCAGGCACACUCUCUUGUUGGAACACCUAAUUAUAUUGCUCCUGAGGUGCUCAUGAGAACAGGGUAUACACAACUGUGUGACUGGUGGAGCGUAGGAGUAAUUCUAUAUGAGAUGGUUGUUGGACAACCACCUUUCUUAGCAAAUAAUCCAGGAGAGACACAAUAUAAGGUUAUUAACUGGGAGAAGUGUCUUCACAUCCCUCGAGCAGCAAAUCUUUCAGUAGAAGCUACCGACUUGAUACUGAAGUUGUGCUGUGGUCCUGACAAGCGACUUGGCAAAAACAGUGCUGAUGAAAUUAAAGCACACCAGUUUUUUAAAGAUAUAAACUUCAAGAGUGGUCUGCGAAAACAGGGAGCUCCAUAUAUGCCACGCAUUAGGUAUCCAACAGAUACAUCCAACUUUGAUCCAGUGGAUCCAGACAAACUCCGCAGCUCAGGAUCUAGCGGAGACAGUAAAUCUGAGGAUGGAUAUGAAAAUGGAAAACAUCCAGAACAUGCAUUCUUUGAGUUUACUUUUAGACGAUUUUUUGAUGAUGGUGGUCAAGCUUAUCCUGUAAGAAUUAACACAGAUGAGAAUGAGAACCAGGGGUCUCCUGUGUAUGUGUGAUAACACCAUAUCUAUAGCCAGUGACAAACCACUUAGAUCUCAGUAGGAUGUGUAGUAAAUAUGGCUUUUAAAAUUAUCCUAGGCUUUUUUGCCCCAGUCCCACCUUGAAAGUUAUUUAUUCAGAACUAAAAGUGUGCUUUGAUUAUAGGUGGGUAUAUGUUGUUGUAGAAUGUGCUUUAUUUUUGUACUGUACAGUAGCUGCAAGCACUUGACUGUACCCUGUACAUACUGUAAGUAGCAGCAUUUGCCACUGUAAAUAUUGGCCAUGGUGUACAGGCUAUGUAAUAAAAUCAUUCCUUGACAAAUUAAA